CUGGUUACGAGUUACGACUUUCGUAUGCUAGCUGUUGCCUGUUUAUGACCUCCUUAUCUCCCCCAAUUUCCAUUCCAUUCCUCCAUUAGAGAGAGAAGCCCUAAACCUGAAUUCCAGAAGCUUAAUGGGGCCUGUAAACUUCGUCAAGGGCUAUGGCGUGGUAGUCAAUCCCGUAGAAGAAGAUGAGCUCUCCGUUUCUAAGCGCAAAGCCUCGCGGACACGCCGCAGCCGCAUCGCCAUCGCAGUCUCCCUCGCCGUCCUCCUCACCGUGAUCGUCGCCGCCGUGGUCGGCACGUUGGUACACCGCUCCCACUCGGAGCGCGGCGGAGAUUCGAAUCCGAAUCAUUCUCCAUCGACAUCAUCGCCGCCGGUUUCCUCCAAUUCCACCGCCGACCUACUCGCCGCCGUGUGCGCCGUGACUCUGCAUCCGGACUCCUGCCUCGCUUCCAUGUCUCCCUUCCCCGCCCCGCCCAAACCCGACCCGGAACACUUCCUCAACGUCUCCCUGCGGGUCGCCAUUGACGAAUUGACCAACGUGUCCUCGCUCCCCAAGUCCCUGAUGGCGAAUCUCAACGACCGCGCCGCCCGAUCGGCUCUGGAGGACUGCGAUGGCCUGUUCGACGACGCGCUGAGUCAACUCAACGAGUCGGCCGGGUUUAUGAACUCGGGUCCCGGGAACCUCACCAUCGCCCUCACGCCUUUCCAGAUCAACAGCAUGCAGACGUGGAUAAGUGCGGCGAUGACGGAUGAGGACACGUGUCUUAAUGGGUUGGAGGAGUUGAAUUCGACGGUGAUAGGCGAGGUCAAAACGAGGGUGCACAAAUCGAAUGAGUACAUGAGCAACACGUUAGCGAUUCUCAAUAAACUACAAAGCCUUCACGAGAAGUUUGGUGUUCCAAAGCAUUGAAUCCAUUGAUGCUCUUUGGACUGUUUCUUGCAUUGAAUUGACUUGUCCUUUUUUUUUUUUUUUUUUUGGUCUUGUACAAUCUCUAUAUUUUAGAUAUAUGCUCGUACGCGUAAGUGAAUAGAAGAAGCAAGCUUGUGCAUUUGGUUUGUGAAAAUGUAAAAUUUUGGUUUUGUACCAUACACAUGUGCAAUCCCAAGGAUUGAUCUAAUCCAACCUCAAAGGACCCCACACCUCGGCCCGAUAGAACAUGAUAAGAUGUAAAUCACGAACUCAGUGAUUCUUUUAAGGAUUGAUCGAUUUACAACCCCAAAGGGCUUACACUU